AAAUAGGUUUAUUGAUGUGAUGGGAUUGUGGGUUCCCUCUUCCGAGGAGAUGUUGGCGAAAGCGGAGGCUGCAAUACUGAGAUGUAUUCCAAAGACCACUUACUCGAUCAGAGAUGUGAUGAUAGAGCUACCCUCCAAGGGAUUCCGUCUAUUCGGUCGAAGCAGCGCUCAAAAUACGCACCAGUACAAUAUUCGGACCAUAUCAUUUGACCAACAGUCGCAAGAGCAAGACCAACAUUCAAAAGAGAGUUCUAAGGACGAAGAUACGAAAAGAAGAUGGUCGUCUCUGCCUCUUGUAAUGAUUCAUGGCUUCGGAUCCGGACUAGGUCUUUGGGUUUUGAACUACGAAACUCUGGCUGCCACAGCUCCUGUCCAUGCCCUGGAUCUGCUGGGAUUUGCGAAUAGUUCCAGGAACUACAAUUUUUCCAAAGAUUCGCAAACCUGUGUGGAUGAAUACGUCGAAAGUUUGGAACAAUGGCGAAAGGCGAUGUCACUGGAUAAGUUUGUGCUUGUGGGUCACUCUUUCGGAGCCUACUUGAGCUACUUCUACAUGCUUAAACAUCCCACCAGAGUCCAACACCUCGUCCUCGCAGACCCAUGGGGAUUAACGCUAAAGACGGAGGAAGCGGCAUCACGUUUCAAGGUUCACUGGGCGCUGUCCCCGCUAGUGUACUUGGUCACUAAAUUCAACCCAUUGGCCAUUUUAAGAGUGAGUGGCCGCCUUGCCCCAUCCCUCAUUCCCAAACUGAGGACAGACAUCCUGAGCAAAUUUAACUCUGUGUACGACCAUACCACCGACAGCACAAUAGCGGACUAUAUCUACCACUGUAAUGUGCAGAGGCCUUCGGGAGAAGCUGCCUUCCACAAUAUCUGCAGUCCACUUCCGUGGCCUAGAGAGGGCAUGAUCCAGAGGGUGGAUCAGGUGCCGGAGGACUCCAGAAUAACAAUGCUACUGGGCAGUGAGUCAUGGAUGUGGAGAUACAAGGAUGUCGCCUACCGACUUCAGAAACAAUUGCAUCUGAAAGGAGUUGAAUGCCAGUUGUCUGUUUUACCUGCUUCCUCUCACCACGUUUACGCAGAUGAACCAGAUCUAUUCAACAGCCUUAUAUCGCAGGUGAUGGAGCACGAAGUGAAGCGAAUGAUGACGUCAUCGUCUGACAACUCGACUACAGUAGUCUCAUCUUCGUCACGUUCAUUAACGCCUUCGUCUUCCACUUCUGCAGUGACAGCAGAAAAACAACAACACAAACAAAAUAAUAUCAUUUGAACUCAUAUGAUAUCAAGCAAAAUCCAAAAAAUGAAGAGAAAAGAUUACGAAACAUUUCAGCGCCGACAAGAUUAGAUUUUGCUGAAUGGAAGGUGCUUCUAAUAGUGAGAACAGAUCAAGCAAUGGAGCAUGUUUAUUAAAGGACAACAAUUUGACUGGAGAUUACAAUUGAAUGGCGAGACUAGCGGGCUAUUCAACAGAAUGUGAACAGUGUCUAUUGUGUGCGUAACUGAUCUAAUAUCUUCUAAGGUGUAAAAAUGAGUUUUAACAAUUGAUUAACGUCGAAGUAAGUCUACUCGUUGUAAACCAAAGCUCGAAUAAAGCUAUGAUAUUUACUUAGGUCACAAAACAUAGCUCGGUCCCUAAAAGUUUCAAUGGGUUUUAAAGUUUUUGGAAAUAGCCUGCGUAUUGAUUAGCAUGCAUUUUUGUGCUUCUCUUGAAGUUGCUGGGUGGCUCCUUUUUAUACCGCAAAUGGAUGGAAGUUUUUAACAUAGAGUAAGCUUGUUGUUUGCGAGACGUUUUAAAUUUCAUAGUUUUUUCGAUUUUUCAUCACAUUUUACUAAUUGCCUGUUCCUUCGGACAGAUAUUGAUGUUAUCAACCUGUAAAAAAUGCAAAUGUUAGACUUGGAACAAUUUUAAAAUUAAGAUUUGAAGCUAAGUUUUGCUGGUUUUCAUGAUCGUAUAAACUCAUUAAUGUGGGAUCGAAUCUACAUUUAAAGAAGUACUUUUCUGUAAAUGGAUUGUUUAAUUAUAAUUUUUUCAAAUUUGAAAUUUAUUUUUGCUAUGAUACCGGUAGUUUAAAAAGUUUAACUUGUUUAACAGUGUUUACUCAUUUCUAUUGGUGCUACUUUAUGCUCUAUCAAAGUUUUCUUGAAGUGUGUAAAUUGUUCACACAAUUGCUUGCUGAAUUCUUUUUUUUAUCUAUACGGUGGACCUAUUUUAUCAUCACUUGUUUACUCAGAUAGAGAAGAAAUUGAUAGCAUAUCAAAAAAAAA